UGAACCGCGGGAGAAUAUGCGGGGGAGGGAGCGUCUCGCAGAGAGGGGAGGUGCUCCGCCUUGGGACAAGCCAGGGGCCAAGGGGUCUGGUGGUGUGUGAGCAUGGAAAGGCCCUGAGGCCUUCUGGUGCAGAGUUGGGGGUAGCGGUCAAAGGCUGGUAUUGCGGAUGUGUUGAGGUCUGUGCUGCUCUUUGGAGGAUGCUAAGAAUUGGGAACCGGUCAGGAGCUAGGGGUGGACGCCCCCACCAACCCCCAUCGACGUGGAGGCCGCAGGGAUUGAUGCAGUGGGGGAAUGGCUGCAGAGACUUUUUCCCAGAAUUGGGGAGGGGGCUGCACUUCUGGGGCCCAGAAGAACGUUCUGGCUUGGGGAUACCUACCUUUCCAUUUGAGUGGGGGUUGCGUGAGAAUAAUGGGAGCAGGUAUGUUGCCUAUGGCAGAGAGCUGAGGGUGCAGAAGGGACUGCUUGCUGGAUGAAGAGAGCUUCUACUGUGGCCUUUCUGGGAGCCACAUUUUCUGGCGCCACUCCAUCGCCCCCUUCUCCUAAAUUCCUUUGCUGGUUCCUACAGUCUGUAUUUGGUGAUUAAUUACAUGUCAUAUUACACACGCGAGUACUCCUGCUUGCCUGCUGCCCAAAGCCCAUAGUCCUUUUCAGCGCCCCCCUCAUUCCUGGCCCACUUCCCAGAGGGCUCACCCUGUACCAGCUGACUCUCUAGCCAGCCUUGGACUCAGAGGCAAGCAGCCCCUCCAGUCUCCUUAGUCAGUAGAACAUUUCCUUCUAAACCUCAGCCUCUACACUUUGCUUUAGGAGACAAUUUCUUAUAGGACCAGUUAAAUAGCACAUCUCCCAGGUAGGACCACUUGCCUUCUCCCUUCUCCCAUUGGGCCUUGUUAUAGAAACAGCAUUCAGUGUUUGACAUCGUCUGGUCCAUUGCCCCAAAGUGGUCCUGGACCUGGAUUUAGAAUUCCAUGGCACAGUGAUUUCUAGCCUUCUGUCAGAAAAUCUGCUAAAAAGUGAGUUCUCUUGCCUGAGGUCUGACCACCAGCACAUCUUCAGAAGGAAGCUCCUGGAUGGGAAAAACAGUCUGAUGAGACAUGAGGGAACCUCCAAAUUCUAGACAACCCCAAUGUCUACAUGUUGAAAGAUGCCAAUUCCAUGACACCCACCCAGACCUACUCCUCUACCACUAGACUUUUCAAAUGAUCCAGCCCUUCCAAAACUGUUUGGGUUCUUUGGAUGACCUGGGCAAGCUGAAUAGCCGUUCACCAUAUCCCCAGUUUGGAAUCUUUUAUAUCUGGACAGUGUAACAUCAGUGAUUCUAUACUUACAAUUUAUUUUGAUUUUUAGAAAGAUGUCAGUGCGUAUUCUUGGAGAAAUGGGAACAUAAACCUUUCCUCAAUUAAACACAACAAACAUUACAAAAUCCCCUUAUGGUCUACCUUCUGGCUUUUUAUAGAAUGAAAUAAAGAGGGAAACCUAAACAGAAAGACAGGUGCCCAGGCAAUGUGAGAGAGAAAACAGAUGCCUUCCCACCCACACAUACAGACAAAAGAUAACACACGCACAAAUAGCCCAAGAGAAACAGACUUUCCUGGUAAGACAGUUAUCACUUUUGGCCUUUUAGGAAUCUCUACUUUUGAGUAGCAGCCAAAUUUCACAAUACAAGAUGGACCUAUGAGCCACUUGCGUACCUCCUGGCCUGCCAGGUUCAUUUGGGAACAUAAGGUGCACUUGUAGCCCCGGGGCCCACUCAGUAGGACUUGCACCCUGGACUCACCGAGGCACAUCCAGGCCUUGGCUGUGCCGAUUCAGUUACACAGCUUGUCCUGCCCUUGAGCACUCAUUACCAAAGGACAGGUUCCUGGAAGGUGCACACAUGAGCCUGCUUCUGUUCACCUGAGUUCUUUCAAUCCAACAGGUGAGACCGUCCUUACUGGACUAAUCUCUUGGAACUGGUCUAAAACGAGAUGAGUCAUCCCUGUGUGUCUCUUUUGGCUCCACCUGCUCCCCAAGGUCUUGCCCUUCCCCAAGAUGGAGCCCCAGGAAACCAGGUCCUGGCAGUCCCUCUUGAGAUGCCGGAGGCCCAGGAUUUGGUGUCAUUUGAUGUUGUACCGUGGUACCUCACAGAACAGGACUGGCUGAGUCUGAGUCUGAACCCGGAGCAUCAGGCACUGGUAUAUUCCAGGACUGUGACCUCCAUUGGAGUUCCCGUUGUGAGUCCUGCUUUGGUAUCUCACCUGUCACAAGGACAAGUUCUGUUGGUAUCAAAUCUAUCCCUCAACACAGAUCACACUAAGCACCCUGAAAGCUCCUACGUGACCUCCCACCAGAAGAUGGCUGAAGAAGCCCAGGUGCAAGAGAUGGCGUCCACGAGCUCCCCGAGGGCCAAUGACCCCAGCGCUGAGGUCAAACAGAAUGGGGACUCUGGGGGAAGGGGAGGGAGCCCACAAAGUCUGCCCAUAGAACACCAUUUUGCAUGUAAAGAGUGCGGGGACACCUUCCGCCUUAAAGUGCUCCUUGUUCAGCACCAGAGGGUUCACAGUGAGGAGAAGGGCUGGGAGUGUGGCGAUUGCGGGAAGGUCUUCAGGGGGGUAUCAGAAUUUAAUGAGCACAGGAAGAGCCACGCAGCUGUGGCCACUCAGCCCCGGCCUGGCCCCAGUCAGGCUCUGGAAGAUGCCUUGGAAAAGAGGGAGCAAAUGGAGAGGGAGGCGAAGCCCUUUGAGUGUGAGGAGUGCGGGAAAAGGUUUAAGAAGAACGCAGGCCUUAGUCAGCACCUGAGGGUGCACAGCAGAGAGAAGCCCUUUGAUUGUGAGGAGUGUGGGCAGUCCUUCAAAGCCAACACCAACCUCUUUCGACAUCAGAAGCUCCACAGUUCGGAAAAGCCCUUUGCGUGCAAGGCGUGCAGCAGGGAUUUCCUGGACCGCCAGGAACUUCUCAAGCACCAGAGGAUGCACACGGGCCACCUGCCCUUCGACUGCGACGACUGCGGCAAGUCCUUCCGUGGUGUCAACGGCCUGGCAGAGCACCAGCGUAUCCACAGCGGCGCCAAACCCUACGGCUGUCCUCACUGCGGCAAGCUGUUCCGGAGGAGCUCAGAGCUCACCAAGCACCGGAGGAUCCACACGGGUGAGAAGCCCUAUGAGUGCAGCCAGUGCGGCAAGGCCUUCCGCCAGAGCUCCAGCCUGCUGGAGCACACUCGCAUCCACAGUGAUGAGCGGCCUUAUGCAUGUGGCGAGUGCGACAAGGCAUUCAGGGGGCCUUCUGACCUCAUCAAGCACCGGCGCAUCCACAGCGGACUGAAACCCUAUGAGUGCGACAAGUGUGGCAAGGCAUUCCGGAGGAGCUCAGGCCUGAGUCGCCACAGGCGGAUCCACAGUGCGGCCAGGUGCUGUGAGUGCAGUGAGUGUGGUCGUGUGUUCAAGAGGCACUCAGCACUGCAGAAGCACCAGCCCUCCCAUCACCAGUAGACACUGCCCUGGGACCUGUAGCAGGGGUCCACAGGGGCCGGGGUCCACAGAGGCCGGGGUCCACAGAGGCCGUAGCCCAGGCAAAGGAGAUGAACAGUUUUGUAGUGCUUCUAUUUUGUUGUGUGAGAGGUUGAAAUGAUUUGUACUGCCACCAGCAAUUUAUAAAUGUUCAUAUUUCCCACUAUACCUAGUGAGGGUGACGUUUACCAUUUUAACAUAGCUUGCCUACUUUUCCUUGCAGAAAAUACCAUCAAGGUAUUUUAAUCUUCAUAUCUAGAAUGAGAAGAAAAAAAUCUGCAUAUGGGGGUCAAGUAGGGAGCUGGGGGGUCCUUGCUAAGCUCUACCCCUGAGGGAAAUUCAAUGUCAUCAGUAUGAUGAUGCACCUUUCUUGAAAGGAAAAUUGCUCCGAGGUUUUGGCCUACUUGAAUUUAUAAACUUUUAGGGAUUGUAAAUAGAUCAAAUACCAUAUUUAAUUUAUUAAUUUAGUUAUACAUACAAAUUUUAAAUCACAUUAUAUGGACUAAUAUAUUAAUUUAGAGAAUACUCUUUUUCACCAUAUUCCAUUUGUUUCUAACUCUUGAUGUACAUUUUUGAUCACAUCAAUAUGGGAACCUGUUUGAGUCAUCAGCCACCUCUAUUUGCGGUGUGGUAGCACUGUGACAAUCCCUGCAUGAGGCUCUCACCAGAAGUUUCCUCCAAGCCAUAAGAACAUAUUUAUAUAACAUUAGAACCAUUACUUUGUGUUUUUAAAUUAGUACUGUACCUACAACAUAGCCACAUAAAGUGGUGCUUUCCCAAACGGCCUUUUAAAGGGACUUUUUUUGGGGGCGGAGGAGUCACACUCCUAGUAAAACUUACUGAGCUAGAAAUAAACCUUUUUUGGUAUCUCAUUUAGCUAUGCCAAUUUAAUCCAGUGACCCCUAUAACCAUCAAAAACAAACAUCACUUAAGGUUUAUACUCACAUGGUAUCAUCUUGUUCAACAUAAAGUGAGAGAGCACCCCCAAAUGAGAAGGUCAUCUUCAGGACUUAAAGGUAAAGUGACAUCUCCUUGGAAGAGCCUCAUGUCAUAUCAGGCAUAAAUGAUACUUCUUCAGCCUUCUGCUUGCAGCUGUGAAGUGGGGAGCAGUCACAGUCCCUACCUCCUAAGGUUCUCAAGGAGUGUGCCUUGCCUGCAAGAACAUUGCCCGGCAAGGAGGUCUGCUCAGUGAAGGUCACUUGCUGACAUCCUGCAGCUCAUUAGUAUCAGAGACAAGGAUGGACCCCUCAGGCCUCCUGACUACUAGUCUCAUCUUUCAUGCAAUGAUUUCAACACUAUUUUUGUUUUCUUGCAUGCAAAUUAUCCGUUCAUCUCCUUUGACUAGUUACCAAGUUACCUUUGGAUAUAUUGAUUUAGUACUUCUUUCUAUAUCAAUUGGGGUGUUAUUUUCCAAUUUUUAUUCCUUUUCUUUUUUAGUACUUUUAUUACAUUUUUGUUGUAUAGGCUUUGGAUUAUUUUUACAUAUCCUUGAAUUCUUUUUUGUCCGUUAACUCAUGACUUUCAUUGCUUCAGUACUUAGAUGUGAUGAUAUUUUCUUCGAGAAUUUACUUACAAAAGAAAAGUUGAAUCCGCUGCCCACUGAGAAAGUGAACAUACGAAGUGGGCAGGCUGGAUGGGAGUGGGCCAGAGAAGCAUGCCCAUGCCUCAGCCAAAAUGUAGACUCUGUAUAUGUCUGUGGACAGCACUUGACCAUACAACCUGGCCACUGAGGCACCCUAGAGACAUGUCCAUCACACAUUGCUCAGAGCACUCUGUGACUGCUCCUCAGUAUAGCCCCAGCCACCAGCAGCAGGGCUCAGCUUCACCUAGACCAACAAAAUAUGACCUGGCAGCAGCCAGCCAUCCUUCCAGUUGUCAGAAGCCUUGACUAUUUUGGAUUUAGUGACUGAGCAGCAGCUCCACUUAAGAAAUAUCUGAGACAGAAGACUCACCUGACUGGUGAUGUUAUGUGACCUCCAUCCUCCUCUCAGCAAAUGACUCUGGAAUAAAAGAGAUCAGUUUUGUGGCUUCUGCUUUGGGCAACUAGGAUGAGAAAUUUGCCCAUGUGUGUGGCAUCACUCCCUGCAACCGCAUCUAAGAGGCCUGGAGAGAAACAGCUGUGUUCCUCCAGUAGCCUGUAAGCCAUGCCACAGAAGCUGAGUACCAGGUCUAGUCCAGGACUUGGAAUAGCCAUGCCCAAGAGGGGCAAUAAAACAAAACCAGAGGGCAAGAAGCCAUUCUGACAGUUUAUGUAGCACAGAAAUCAAAACUGAUCCCCCUGCAGUUAGGCAGUUGCUGCGAGCCCCUUUCAGGAGAAACAGCAGGUGAGGAAGAUAGCCACACCAAGGUUGAGCCUGAGUUUCUGGUUGUGCCCUGAGGGGUGUUGGAGGGCCAGAAAAUGCACCCUUAUGGCAGCCUAGUGAGGGAGAUUGUGUUCUCCAAGGGGCAUAGCCUGGAAGGGCUCCCAGACCCAUCCUGGGAAGCAAGGUCUGACUGACAAUGACCUCCAUGAUCUUGGCCAGGAGGGCUUCUCUAAUGCCCCCAGGCCACCACAGUGGCCCUUUGAGUCUUCUCCAGACUGAAGGCUCAGUUCUGGUGGUUUCUUGUGAAUUGUUCUGGACUCACUUCUUUUUCCGAUUACUUUUCUCAUAGUGAGCUGUUGGGAAGUGUUUUGUACAGCUAUCCUUGGGUAAGGAAUGUUGACAUCUAGAAGAGGGCAAAUCUGGCACCUUGAAGGAAUGCCGUUUCUUGCUCAUUCGCUGAUCAUUUGUCAAGGUUGGCAAAAGAUCUUUUUGAAGUCUAGAGUAGCACUAACUCAGAAGGUAGCAGAGUGGUCAUUGCCCAGGGCAUGUCAUAGGGCAUGGCAUCUCUUCACAUCCCUUUCUGCCGUCUUAUACUCUUUUCUGGUUUGGGUUCUGUGAUUUUUUUUCUCAAAUCCUUUUUUUUAGAUUCAAAACUAAAAACCAGUGUCUUUUCUGUGACUAUUAUUGGAUUACGUUUUAAAUGAUGUUGGCAGUGAGAUCCUCACUCUCUCUCUCCAAACACGAUCAAUGUGUGGCUUUAACAUGUGGCCACACACAUAGUUGCAUCCUUUGCCUUGGGUAAUGUAGAUCCUCUAGGUGUACUGUUUUGUCCCAUGCAAACGUGAGCAAGCUUCUUGCAUUGUGUGUUUGUCUAUGCAUCCAUGUAUCUACCUCAUUGCACUUUUCUUUCUAACCACACGUAUUCUUGAAAGGGGAUAGAGGGCAGCUAGAAUCCUGGCUCCCAAUAGAGAGAUGGUGCCAUCUCUUUGCCAUAUUAAGAAAGAAACCCUCUGUGGCUUUUAUUAGUUUUAAAUACUUGCUGAAAUUUUUUAAAAAGCAAAUGUUUACCAUUUUGCUGCUUAUGAUUAACUAUAUCAAUUAGUUGUAUCAUACCCACUCUUGGAUUUAUAGAGUAAUCCCCACCAGAUCACAGUGUGGACAUCUUUCUCCCAUGAUAUUGCAUUCUCUGUGCUUGAUUUGUGUGCUUGAAGUGGCAUGACACCUGACCUGCCUGCAGUCCUGGGCUGUGGCCCUGUUGUGGGUCACAUGACUUGCCACCCCACUUAAUUAAACCAACCCCAGACACCUGACCCAAAAGCAGCAACCUUAGCAGUCAGACCUAAUUGGAGAAGAUAGAUUUCGCCUUUUAGUACUGUAAGAUGCAAAAAAGGAAAUUCAAGUCUCUGGUUGGUAUUGGACCAUGGAGGGAGGCACAAGGUACUUCAAGGAGUUGCCCCUGUGAGUAGAACUGUAGUGGAGAGCUACAUGUUCCUGCUAUCCUUCUCAGAGCUACUUGGGUCCCACCCUAAGGGAGGCCUAGCUCUAGGUUCUUCAUUACUCCUCGCCUUCAGCCAGCUUGAGUGGGUCUGUGCUUUUUGAAAUUAGACAAGAGCCAAUUGCACUUGACAAUUGGGCUGCUUCCUGAGAAGACUUGCAUUGCUGACUUUCCUCACAUUCUACCCAUCCAGCAUUCCUGGCCUAAAUCCCAGUUGAUUGACAUGAACACCUGCUUAAAUGUGGUACUGUUCUCUGUUUACUAAGAUGGGUGGAGCACUAUGCCUUUUAGUCAGUCUCUGGGUUUAACCCAUGAUCUUCUGUAUUAGUAUAGUUACUUUUCUGAACAGCAUUUGGCUCAUAAGAUGAGCUCAUUGGAGCCUGUUCUACUCUAUUUUGGAAGUGUUUUACUAUUUCCAGCAAACCCGCUAGAUUAGGGGAUUGAUGACACCUCUAUUCCUGGUGUACUUACAUUCUGUAGUUGGUAUUAUGUUGAUUUGGAUACUUAAUUUCAAAAAUAGAAAUGAUAUCUUUGAACUUGAUCCUCAAUGCUACUUGUGUAUCUCUGAGAAUAGUAGUGUGUCCCUCCAGUUUGUAUUCAGUUUUUGGCAUUCUUGUUCCUCCCCAGUCUUAUUAUCUUGUCUGUUUUAUGGCACUGUCUAUAAUCAGCCUUGCACUAGAGCUAUUUGAGGACUUAGCUUUUCAUCCCCUUUUCUCAGCCUUCCCCACACUAUUAGAUUGUGAGCUCUUAGAAGACAGGGGUGGUCCUUCAUGUCGAAUCCCCUACCAAAUCUAGCACAGUGCCUUUCGUCUGGUAGAUUUCAAUAAAUCUAUGUUAAAUGGCA